AGUGUUGUCACGGGAGCAGGGAGUGGAGGUUACAUCACCAUCCCUGGAAUGGAUGGGCUGGUUGCGUCCUCUGAAGGUGGUCUGGUGGACUACAUCCCUGGCAGUGAAAGGCCAUACCGAUGCCGCCUGUGUCGCUACAGCAGCGGUAAUAAGGGCUACAUUAAACAGCACCUACGGGUGCACAGGCAGAGGCAGCCAUAUCAGUGUCCCAUCUGUGAGCACAUCGCCUCAGACAGCAAGGACCUGGAGAGUCACAUGAUCCACCACUGCAAGACUAGGAUGUACCAGUGCAAGCUGUGCCCAGAUGCGUUCCACUACAAGGUGAGCAGACUAGCUGAAAAAGCUCCUUUCUGAAAAAUACAUGCUCAUUUUAAAUAUGAUGCUAGGAACAUGUUUCUAAAAAGUUAUUUGUAAAGUUAGUUAUAGUUAUUAUAGUUAGUUAUUAAGUUAGUUAUAUUCCGGCGUUAAUUUAAGUCAUGGUCAAAGACACCGUAACACGGAGAGAGACACCCCCUCGAGAGAUGAUUGCUGCCGACUGCUUGCUUCGCUAGUUAUACCAACUUUAGUAACGACCGCACAAAAGCAAUACACAACGGUCUACGUCUCCACGCACAAACCUCAACCAAAAAGUCACUCUAUAGCCACAAAUAAUUCUCAGAACAGCACCUAACAUCAUCAACAGUACAAAUAGGGUCCCAGCCAUAGUACUAGCCACCAAACAUAGUUUUAGCUUUGCCUGAUUUCUUUAGCAAAGAGACAAAACACAACUCACCCACUCUCCUCCAGCAGCCGCUUGUUUGUUGGGGAGCCCUGAUGAGUUGAUCACAGAGUGCAGCGGAUCAUUUCCAUGAAGUAAUAAUCAACAUAAAAAUCAUUUUGCACUGCAGACGCGGAAGUUCUUCUGCCUUAGCGUCUCGGUCUGAUUGCAUUUCGAUGAAGUAAUGAUCAUAAAUGUUCUUCCUUGAGCUGCGAAACUCUGCUGCACUCGGGGAUCGGCUCGUCAAGGCUCCCCCACAAACAAACGGCUGCUGGAGGAGCGUUGUUGAGUUGUUUUUGGUCUCUUUGCUUAAGAAACCAGGCAAAGCUAAAAAGAUGUUUGGUGGUUAGUGCUAUGGCUGGGACCCUAUAUGUACUGUUGAUGAAGUUAGGUGCUGUUCUGAGCAUUAUUUGUGGCUAUAGAUUGGCUUUUUAGUGAAGGUUGUCCCAUUCUUGCCUGAUAGAGGAUUUCAGCUGCUCAACAGUUCAGGGUCUCCUUUGUCCUGUUUUUGGUGUCAUGAUGCUCCAAAUGUUUUCAAUGGAGGACAAGUCAGGACUGCAGGCAGACCAGUUUCUCAGCAGGACUCUUCUACUACAGAGCCAUACUGUUGUAAUCCCUGUUGUCAGAAUGUGGUUUGUCAUUGUCUUGCUGAAAUAUGAAGGUGAAAAUGUAUUUUAAGAAAAUUCAGCGUUCUUCAAUUUCGUUGAUACCACAAUGCAUAAUGAUUGAUGGAGCUGAAGCGAACUGUAAUCUGCUCAGACUCAUAAUAAGACGUUAAAACCCCACAGCUUCACAGUCAGAUUCUCAGUUUUUUCGACAACAGCCAAAGAGUAAGAAUGAGCUUACCUCUAAAAAGACAAGUCUGUGCUGGCGCGUGGAGCCCAUAUUGACAAGAGAUGAAAGUUUAAAAGAGUUUGGUGCAGUGGAAGUUUGCUUCAGUCUGAUGAAAUAGCAGAGGAGAAAACUAUUGAUUAUUCCACUAUCAUGGGACUCCAGUGCCGAUCUGCAGCCUAGAUUAUCCAUCCUUCAUCAAGUUCAUCCUGUUAUCUUCCAGAAUAGAAAGUUAGACUUGAAGGGUUUCUUGGUGUGAAGGUGGAGGCUGGCUCUCUAAUAAGAUAUCCGCUCCUGGAGCGACCUAAAGUGGGUUAGAGGGCAUAUUAAAAACAACACUGCAUGUCAGCUGAGACAAUUUCCUGCAGAAUAACCCUGUCAUCAUAUCUGCUUUCUCCUCAUAUGUAUUUGUUAUCAAAGAAAGGAAAUUUAAUCCAACUUGUCUCAAACUUGCAGCCUCAGUCAGUAACAUUUUUCCAGCUUUUAUGCAAACUAGAGAAAAAAAAUAUUCGGAUUAGAGAAUUCAAAUUCAGUUUUGCAGUUGUUUUGUGUGUUUUUGUUUCUUUGUGUGGCGGCCUUUGACAUAUCCGUGUAUAAUUGUGUUUUGUUGUUUUUGUUGUUGUGACUCAGAGCCAGUUGAGGAGUCAUGAAAGAGAGCACCACAGCUUCAGCAGCGAGGUGGCUGCUCUCACACCUGUCAAUGAAACAGUGACCAUGGUGGAGGAAACAGACAGAGGAACAGAUGAAGGUAAGAAACGUGUCAUAACUGAAUUAGAGCUGCAUGAUAUCGAACAAAACAAAUACAGCUGUAUCUCCCCUUUCUGCAAUACAUACAGCAAUUCAAACAACACAAGGAUUUAGACCAUAUAAAGGUGUAGUUAGUGCUUAGAAACUAUUUAUAAUUUGAAUCUUUCAGCCUUCAAAUCAAAGCCUGUCCGAAUGAUAGUCCACUGUGUUCAGCCUUCUGACAACAGCUCUGACACCCACACAGUAAAAACUGAGGGGGGAGUACAGGUGAUGCAACAUGGUACUUAAGAAGCUUCGCAAAUCCACAGAGUGUUCAUGCAAAAAAUGAUUUCUCUUCAUGUUUAAAUCGCAUCUGUGCCUCAAGUCCUGAUUAAACAAAACUGACUUUCUGAUCACACGCUGGAGAUCAAAAUGAGAGAACAAUGAAUGAACACUUGAUUUAUCCUGAAAUAACACGAUCGACACUAUGCCACUAGAACAGUGUUUUACAACAAAACAAGGAACUUCAGGAAAUAAAAAAAAAACUUUAUUAUGCCAAAAAUACGAUGAUCAAAAUUAAAGAACAGAAAUGCCGGAAGUGCAAAAAAAGAUAACAACAGUAUUUUCUAAAAGUUAGGGCAGUCAAAAAUGAGUAGGAAGUGUACAGGCCUUUGCUUUAAAUGACUUGAGCACAUCACCAGUCUCUCCCACUCAAUGUUGGGCGGAAUGAACAAAAUCUUAAAUCACGGUAUGUAACUUCACCACACCCUCACCACCCUCCCCACCUCACUCUGGACAGACAGCGGAGCUCCUUCUCCAACAGACCGUUGCAGCUCCGCUGUCGAAGGGACAGAUACAGGAAAUCGUUCCUGCCACAAGCUAUUGCACUGUCUAUCUAUCUAUCUAUCUAUCUAUCUAUCUAUCUAUCUAUCUAUCUAUCUAUCCAUCUAUCCAUCCAUCCAUCCAUCCAUCCAUCCAUCCAUCCAUCCAUCCAUCCAUCCCCGUACGUUUUUCCCCCUGUAAAUUCAAUUAAUGCCUUAAAAAUAACCAAACUGUCACAUUUGUUCAUUUUCCUUUUAUUUUUAAACUCGGAUCUGUAAACAAAUGCAAACGAAAUGCCGGAUCAGUCUAGUGAUUUUUUAUCAUAUUGAGUACCUUUGGCAAAAGACUAGGACAAGCUCUUUAGUAUGAGAGGAGCUGCAACUAUAAUUUUUUCUCCAGCAGAUGUGCCACGCAUCUUUUGGCUCUCUUAAUAGAACUUGGCGUGUUUCACCUUUAGAUGGUGGAAGAGGUUGCCGGUGUUUCCACCUCCAGCAACGACAGCCACACAACACUCUUUGCAUAGUAUUGUUUUUUGAUCAUUGUCUGAUUUUCUAAAUCCAAAGAAUCUCCAGACAACUGAUGUCGCGACUCGUGUUUUUUUUUUCGAAACGAGUUCCUCCUCCUCUUCCUCAUGUUGGGUGGGUUGGGCUGCCUCCGCUUGCUCUGUACUGCACCUAAUCUCCGCAUCCGCCAUGAUGACCACCACCAGUGAAACUGUUUCUUCUUUGUCAAAACUAUGCCAAGCAGUCUUUUCGACACGCUGGUGAUUAUUAGGGAGCGUAUCCAAACCUGACCAAUCACAGGGAGCGAACAAACUCUGCCCAACACACUGGUGAAUAUACUUUAACGCACCCAAACAGAUGCGCUCCGGCUUUCCUGUUAGCAAGCGCAGACAACUACACACUGACUCUGAGAGAUGCAGCAGACAUCUGCUCUCUCUCUCCAGUACAAACGGUAUAGCAACAUUUCUACCGGUUGACACUUUUACACCGUCACAUGAUCAUACCACCCAACACUACUCCCACUGCUCUGGUGUGAUUUUGGUCCAUGUUUGUCUCAGUCUCUUCCACAGUUCAGUCACUGUAGUAGGAUUUUUGGUCAUAACCUUGUCACCAAGGAUUUUUCAGAGGUUUUCUGUCAGGUUUAGAUCAGGACUCUGGUCUGUCCAUUUAAUUAUUUCAAUGUUUUCAGUUUCAAGGAGCUGCUUCACUCGUGUUACUGUGUGACAGGGGGCAUUGUCUGGUAUGAAAGCUGUAUGGAGCUUUGUCAUGUAACUGUAUAAGGGACCGACCCCUGCUACAGAAAACAUUUCCAAAACCAUGACACUUCCUCCUCCACCUUUCACUGACUUCUUUUUUUGCACUCUGGGUUCAGUCUUUUCCCAGUUUGACAACAAACAUAGUGUUUUCCAUCAGAUCAAGACAAAUUAAACUUGCUUUCAUUUCUGAAGUGACUUUUGGACCAGUUUCCUUCUGUCCACUCAACUUAUUGCCCCGCAAAGGUUAGUCUAGCCUUUUGAUUCUUUCUGCUAAAGAGAGGUUACAGUUCACUGCAGAGCGGGUAUUCAGUCCAAAUGUUCUGAAACAUUGAGAAACCGUAUGACGGGACAAAGUUUUACCCUGUUCAGCACAGAUUUAGAGUGACGCUCCUCUCUUGCUAUUGCUGACAGGGUCAUCCUUUUGGCCUCCAUCUGGACAACCUGCUGCAUGAGGGUUUCAGUCCCUACAGAACAUCCCAUCUUGUGAAGUCAGUGAAAACUGGAAAUGAGGUUUUUUUAAAUAUCAGGUCGGUCAGAUGAGCACCGGGUCCCAGACUAACUGGGAGAUAUCUUCAAUUUAGGCGUCGGCGAUUAUAUGAUCGUGCUUGAUAAUCAUAAUUAAUAUCACUUGCAUCAUGGUGAUCAGCUGUGAGCACAUUUACACGAUCAAACAUAGCAGAAAUGUAUGUGACAACAGCCAAUAAGAGUCAAGCUUUUCCUGCUCACUUCUGUAAGUUGCCUGAGAAGUUAAGAAAGUAAACAGAAUGACCGAACCCAGACAGGGUUCGGUCACUGUAUAUAGAAUGGACAGAGUCUGCCUCCUCGCUGGGUGAAGCCACUCCGAGAACAGCACCCUCUGUUGAUGGGCUGCAGUAUAGGUCAUAAAUCCCGCCUCCGCCAGCAAAGCUUAUGUGGCUGUGGACAAACUUUAGAAAUUUAUUACACAUGACUAGUGCUGGACGAUAAUUCGAUAACAAUAUAUAUCGAUCGAUAGACGUGUGGUGCUAUAGAAAAAAAACGGGUCGAUAAAAAGUUCGAUAGAAAAACACAGUUUCCCUUUCUUUUUCAUCAUAGCCUAUCAUGUAGCUUUUACUACAGUCAUUACUUCCUCCCAACCAAUCACAAACGCAGACCCAGGUACGCUACGGCACCAAGCCCAGCCCCUAUCAAACCACAACAGACAGCACGUGUGUUAGAAAAAAUGAUACAGCAAGGAGAAGCGGAGGACAUUGUCCCGAAAAAAGGGUUUCAGUAGUUCACCAGCAUGGCAAUGUUUUGGUUUUUAGAAGUCUGACAAAAAGCGAACAGCGGUCGUUUGCAAAAUUUGCAGAGAAUUAGUAAAAACGAAGUCUGGUAACACAACCAACUUGUUUUACCAUCUAAACCGAUCGCACCCGCAGGAGUACGAGCUGUGUCGGCCGCGCCGCGGCUCCACGUCAUCCUCGGAGGAAUCCUCUGGAACCGCUGCCAGCACCACCCCAAAGCAUGUGAAGCAGACCAAGCUGGACUUCGUUUCUUGCCAAAAUACGAGAAAGCGUCCGAGCGGCAUAAGGACAUCACCCAUGCAGUAACAUGCUCCAUAGCGAGGGACAUACUGCCAAUAACUACCGUUGAAAAGCCUGGCUUCAAACAGCUUCUAGCCACUCUCGACCCGCGAUAUGAAGUGUCCGGCCGCAAGUAUUUCUCAAACACAGCGCUUCAGGCAUGAAAAUGGGUCAGGGGUUGAAAAGGUGAGAAGGGUGCGGAGGAAAUACGUUCCGGUGUAGCUUCUUAAAGUGGAAGAAAAUGAGCUCAUAUUUUACAAAGACGCGAGUAUUUGGAUCAUGGCUACUAGCAGGGGGUGCAUUCGGCAGGGGUGCAUUCUACGACACAACACCGGCGUGGAUAAGUCCUGCUUCUCGUGCUUAGUUUGUGUAUUAAGUCAAUCACAUGAUAAUUAAAAAAAAUAAAUCUCCCGACCCCGGGAGAAAUAUUUCAGUGUUCAGACACCAGGCUGUGGGCAGUUUCCCACACAGUUAAAACUGGUAGUAUGCUAUUCCCACCUAAAGCUAUUCUGUUUAUUUAUAUAUUUGUUUGUUUUGUUUAUUUUCAUCAAAAGACUAUUUAAAUAUUUAUUUAUCAGAUUUUCUGGUCACUUUAGUCUUUAUGUUUGUCAGUAUUUACUGACGUCACUCAGGCCACUUAAGUUGAUUUCUUUUUUUUUUAAGUUCUUUUUUAAAAAAAACUUUCAGUUGUGGUAAAAUAAAAAAGGUGGUUGAAUAAAGGUUUGAAUUUGAAUUCAGUGCUUGUGUGUUCUUUAUUAAAAGUAGGUCAUUAAGCAAUAGCAUAAAACAUCCAGGGCUGCAAUUAAAAUAUAUGUUAAAUAAUUAUAACAAUUAUAUCGAUAAUUAUCGAUAUCGAUCAAUAUGAUUUAUUUUUUAUCGAUAUGCUUUUUUUCUAUAUCGUCCAGGCCUACACAUGACAUAAUUUUUUCUCCCCCCUGCUUGUAAUGUUGACAUGUAGUUACUGUCAGGCUGGUUUGUGCUCAAGUCCUCUUUUUUUCUGUGAAGCUCCGUUUUUAAAAGUUACUAGGGGGUUCAUUUUUGCUAUGAUUGACACCUUAUACAGCCUAUUGGUGUUCAGGGAUUGCGUAGCUCUCCCGGGGAAUACGCUGUUUGAGUCGAGCAUCAUCACAGCUACUUUUUGCGACUGUGCGGCCGAAUGCACGCAUUGCUACUGCGCAGCGCUGGUUUCAGGCAAUGAAGAAAAAUCCCGGAAAUACCGAGAGCUUUUUGGCUUCAGAUCCGUAUACAGGCGGUAGGUGGAACCAAGUUGUCAAUAGUAUAUACAGUCUAUGGUUCUUCCCAAGUUAAGCGAAAAGCAUGAAGAUGUGAGUGGAGUCGGCACACCCUGUCACUUCUGAUGGCACUAGUAGCAUUAGCAGUUUAGCCACAACUAGCAGUGCAGCCACCAGACCAUAGCAGCAAUCAACAGUAUCAUCUACGUUUACAUCAUCUAAUGUUUACAUUUGAAGGUGUCUUCAUCAUUCCUGUUUAUUUUGGGUCUUGCAUACCUUCAAAAACACUUAGGACUUUAAACUAGGCCACUUUAUUAUUUAGUAUUUAUCUACAUUUGUUGUACUGUUGAGUUAAAAUGUUUUUUAUAUUUUUCUAAGUUUAUCUUAUUUAACUUGAUUUGUUAUUUACCUUGUAUAUUAAUAAAAUGUUGAACUAAUUUCUAGUUUCUUUAGUUUUUACUGAUGCUUGAAAACCGUCAGUUUAAAAAAAUACAAAAAAAUAAAUAAAUUUGAUAAUAGUCAAGAUCAGAUGAUACGACAAAAUAUAUUGUGAUAACUUUUUUUUGCCAAAUUGCCCAGUCCCACUUCAAGUGUUCUCUAAUUUUCAUCAGUGUUGUUUUUAUAUAUCUCCUUUAAGUUUUUUAUACUGUGCUUCCUGUAACUCAUGCAAUAUGCUUUAAGUACCGCUCUUUUAAUCAAGCUUGUAUCAUUUUAAAACGGGACAAUGCGGUGAACUUGGCAUCCAGGAAAUUGUGGGUUGUUCUCUAAUUUUGAUCUCCAGUGUAUAACAAGAGUUCACAGUGAGAAAGUGGUGGCAGUGUGAUGACAUUGCACGUCCUCUGACGUGACUAUUGGACAUCAUAAUUGUAAUGCUCCUGUGAUUUAUCAUUCUGCCCUACUCUGUACUCUCAUUCAUCAUCCCAGAGGAGGUGUGUGGUGCAGUGUAUAUCCAGCUCUCUUACUUUAAAUGGUGUCAGUCUUUGUGCAGUGCUUUGGAGCUCCAUGGGUCAGGACUGAAAAGCACGCAGGAACCAGAGGACACUGUUGUCUCUGUCCUCCUUCUGUCUGUCAGCAGCAGACAGAAGUGUAACCUGUGCGUCUUUAUUAGAUGCCGUUGGUAUCGUGGAUCUGUGGAGGGGAAAUUUAGCAGCAGUGGCUGUGAUGGUGGGUGGAGCAGACUCACACAUUAGGCAUGAAAAAGAAAUGUAACUUUAGCUGCACCAAAUUCAGUACCUUCCUGCUCAUCUGUGUGGGGGCCUGGAUCCAUUUAGAAGUUUUUAGGUUUAACGGCUGAGAAAUAAUCAGGAAGUAGCAUCUCAUUUAUCAGUUUUGCUAUCUCUCUUUGCUGCUGCUCUUCACUUUCUCACCUGCAUUCUCUUGCUUGACCGUGAGGCUUGUUUAUUUCGGCCCCUUUCAAUAUGGUCAAAUUUAAAUUCAGGAAGUCCUCAUUUGUCCUCUUUCACAGAAUGUGGCGUGCAGAAGAUGUUUAAGUGCGACGUCUGCGACUACACCAGCUCUACGUAUGUUGGCGUGAGGAACCACCGGCGGAUCCACAACUCUGACAAGCCUUAUCGGUGAGUUGUUAUCAGAAGUUGACAAAAUGCAACACAGACUUUAAUGCCACCAAAAUCUAUAAAUGCACCAAGUAUGAACUGCAGGAAAUGGGUAUAACGGGUGUCUGGGUUCAUUAGCAUUUUGGGAUUUAGGAUUUGACCGGAAUUGCUCAUCUAAACAGUCUUCUGUCAUCGGUGUGUGUCAGAAUAUUGUUGCUGUAUUUUAAGUAUUUUAACUUGAUGAAAAUGUAAGAUAGGAUGUCGCCUUUGCCUCACAAACUCUUCAAUUUGAUGCCAGCUCUUAACCUGAACCAGUAAGAUCUGAAAACAAUCGAGUGAGAAACUGAAAAUUAUUCAACACUGGAAGAAAUAUCAAUCACACCCUGUAUAUUCAUGGAUCAGACAAAUAGGAAAAUAGGGGAAAGUUAGUGAAAAAACAAGGCUGUUACACGACUAGGUGUCGUGGCACAGACAUCGCACUGAUUUAUCGGAAAAACGUAGCCAUUGCCUUGUUUGCAUAGGCUCAGUAUCCAAGUAUACAUUGCUGUUACCUGCACUCUCUUGCCACUCAAGAAGCUACGCUGUUAUGUUCAUGUUACGUUGCGUUACCUGCAAUACUCACCAUAUAGACCGUGUAUAAGCUUGAACAUUACCCUUCACGUUAAUGGAAGAGGGUCCGACAGGACUUGAUGCGCCGAUUGAUAACUCUAAACAAGUCGAAAAAACGUUGUGUUGUUGUGCUCACACAGUGGGAGUAGAAAUCAUUAGUAGUGCACUGAUAUUAAUGAUCAUCUGAAAUUUCACUAGCAGCGCACGUAAUUAACCGCCCCUGCUGAAUGAAUGAAGGGAAACACUGUACUAUUUGUACUAUAUUCUCUGUUGUCUGCAUGCCGGCACUUGUAAGUCAGGCUAACAUACAAACAAAAAUGUGCACACGAAUGCACACACAGGAACAACACGCUCCGCUGCUAACUACAUGGGACAUCAGUUACUCUGCUGAAAGCAGGUUUCUAGGAACAGAAAAGCUCGAUGUUAGUUUGGUUUUCUGUGUAAACCAUAAGAGGUUCGUUCUGGGUUUUCUUCCUGCGAGAUGAAGCGAUGAUCUGCAGUGUUAAUGAGUGGACUCCUAACUCUCGCCCCUACAAGACAGGCCUUGCAUGCUGUGUGUGGGGACCUUGGUUUGAAUUCCCUUUGGUUCAGCUGGUAAUUUCACUGAUGUGCGCCUGCAUAGAAGUGCUGCUGAAACAGUACAUUUGUUUACACCCCUAGUAUGCAUUGUGAAAUACUUUACAUAAACAGAAAUAUCACAAGGGACAGUGAGCAAAUGAGAUUUCAUUCAUUUUCAUUUAAGAUAAGAUAAGAAGAACUUUAUUUAUCUCCGAAGGGAAAUUCAAUAAGUAAUUAGUAAUCAUUAAGCUAGGGAGCAAAGUCAGAAAGUAUGAUACACCAGAGUAUACACGGCUGGUCACUUGAUAUUGGAAUUUUUGUUCAGUACAUUUGUGUGUUGUAUUGUUCUUCCAUUAGUCCAUGUUAGUGUUGCAUCAAAAGACGUGCAUGUGUUCCAAUGUUGAAUCUGUCAGUAGCAGCUACAUCCAUCGAUAACUUAAUACAAUUUUCAAACAGUUUAAUGAUUAAUGCAAAUUGUUUUUAUUGGUCAACGUCGAUCAGCUUUACAGGAUGAGCUCUCAGGAAUCUUUUUUUUCUCCAAAUAAGGUUGAUUGUAAUUGCAUAAAUAAACUCAAACUUGACUUGAGAGCUUCAAGCAUUGCAUUUUCACUGGGCAGCCCUGUUCCAUGCAGGGCAAGCUUGCAAAUGUAUUGCCUGUCAAUAAACCCUGCUGUUCAAAGUGGGCAUUAGCUGCAGUUGUCAUUUCUAAAGCAUGCACUAGAUGGCAAUGUAGACCUGUAAAAAUCUUGACCGGUGCAGAUUUCUCAAAGAGCAGACACAGUCACACUUAUUCACUGUUUCUCUCCUCAACUCUGUAUUUACACUCAGUCUUUGUGAUACCACAGAGCUGCUAUGAGGUGUGAAGGCAUACGGAUGUUAAUGUCAGCUUUCUUAACAGUGUGCUGUCGCCUGUGCUGAGGUUCAGAUGUACAAAAAUACACAAACACACUCACUCACAGUCAUACACCCAUAAUAGUCUUUUCUGCUCUGGAAAAGGUUGAGUUGCAUAUAAUUGCUGUUUUUUCUCACCAGUGGACAGCCAUCCUGUUAGCUUUCAGUAUUGUGUGAGGGCAAAAAUACAUUUAAGAAAUGGAUAGAUAUAAAUAAAUCAGCCAGAAUAAACUGAAUGUACUAGGGCAUCUCAAAAAAUGUGACUGGAAAAGUUAAAUACUUACCUCAGUAUUUUGAGAAAGUAAAAAUGCUUUAUAUUAAGGACUUAUUAAGACUAAUUAAAAAAAAAAGUAUCAUAACCAUUUUUCUACUUUAAGCCUACAACUCAGGAAUGAUAAAAAUACAUAAUUCCAAAUUUUGAAGCAUUUUAUGCCGAACACUCCACCACAGCAAUCCUGGUGCAGACUGCUAACCUGACAGCAGCUUGUCCAGAAUAUGAUCACUGACACCCUCCACAAGGAGGGUCAGCCACAGGAGGUCACUGCUGGAAAGUCUGUCUGUUCACAAAGUCUGUAUGAAGCAGAUUCAUGAAAAGUUGACUGAAAGGGAAAAGUGAAGAAGAAAAAGAGGACCAAGAAACAGGGAUGGGGAGGAGCCUGGAGAGGAUCAUCAAAUCCAAGAACUUAGAGGAGCUUCACAAGAACUGAGGCUGGGGUCAGAGCAUCAAGAACAACUACGCACAAAGGAGUCCAGUAGAUGGACCACAAGUGCCACAUUCGUGAUCACAAAUGUGAUAUCGAGACACUUCCUCAACCAGAGACCACAUCACACCUGUCUACCCUGGACUAAGAAGACCAUGGACCAGUGUCCAGUUUUCAAAGAAAGUCCAUUGUACAUUUUGUUGAAAAAUCAAGGUUCCAGAGUCUGGAGGAAGAUCAGAGAGGCCCAGAAUCUACGAUGCUUGAAAACCAGUAUGAAGUUUACGGUCUCUGAGGAUUUGGGGUGCAGUGUCAUUUGCUGUUAUUGAGUUUAAUCAAGUCCAGAGUCAACACAGCCUAAAGUUUACCAGGAGAUGUUAAGAGACCAUCAUGCUUCCAUCUGCUGAGAAGCUCUACGGAGAUAAAGAUUCACUUUUCCAGCAGGACCUGCACCUGCCCACGGGACCAAAACUACCAGAAACUGGUUAACUGAUUUAUAAUGUUACUGUUCUUGAUCAUACAGACAGCUGACCUGAAUUGAAACCUAGAGAGGGUCUGUGGAAUGUUUAUUAAGAGGAAGAUGAGAAACUGCUGACCCACAAUACAGAGCAGCUGAAGGAGCUGUCAACGCAACCUGGACUUCAGUAACAUCCCAGGAACACGACAGGCAGAUCUACACUGUGUCACAUUGAUACAUGAGUUCAUAAUUUGAGACGCCAGAUCUCUUAUCUUCAUGAGAUAGAAGCCAAAAUCAUCCAAAUUAAAACAAACAAGGUGUCAGCUACUUCCUUUUACAUGUCAGAAAUAAAUGACUGAAAUACAGAUUAACUUUUAAAGCUGAUUUAUGAAAAAAAAGAAAAAAAAAACUCUUCUCUUUCCUCUAUGUUAUUGAGUUGACCCUGUAAAGGAGAGUAGACUCAUUAUUCCCAUGGACAGUUCUGUCUGGGUUAAAGGGAAAAUAAGAUACACAGCUCCAAAUAAAGCACAUUUGAACAUAAAGUGUGCAGCUCUUAAAAUUGAAUGUGGAGGCACGUUUAUCCUGUUACAUAACACAUUAAAAAGCAUUAAUAGAGACAAAAAAAAAGAAACCCACACAGUGAUAUUCAAAUUCUGUCAGGACAGUUUGAUCUAUGAACAUUUUGAGGACCAAACAAGGCUGCUAAGGAUAAAACACUGACUGUUUCCUUUACAUGAGGUACAGAAGGAUAAUGACCGGAUAAUGCUCUACACUGUUUUGCAGCCAGUCUAGUUGUUAGCACUUUCAAAUUAAAGCUAAGAGUUAGCAAUUCACGCUCAUGGUCAUUGUUUUGAUACCACAUCUGCUUUGUACAGCCAAAACAAUGAACAGUAUACUGGUGAGCAGCAGCAGCUGGGAGAGGUAAACGGCUACAUCAAACAUCCAUGCAGUACUUAGUAAGACAUCACGGUGUCUAAUUAGUGGAAUUAGAGUAAAAGGCCCCAACUGGCAUUUUAUAGCUACACCCGUUUUCUCUUAUAUCUUAUAUCAUUAACUUAUAUCAUUAGGACAGAAUUAGACAGUAGACUUGACGAAUGCUGAUAUUUGUCCAUCUGUUACGGCUGAGUAGUUGGUUACAGAACUGCCCAUCAGAAAUAUGUACAGGGACUUCAGCUUAAUUUAUAUGCAUUUCUCUUCAUUAGCAGAAUGCAAAACAUGUCUGUGAAAGCGCUUGUGUUUAAGUUUGGGUUUUCUCUGCUGUUGGACUAACUUCUGUGGAAAGUCAGAAAACUUUAUUUACUUAGUUUAUAAAACAAACAUACUUAAAAAACUCACAGAUGGUAAUUAUCAUGAAGCUUUGUUUGAGGUAUUCAGGUAGGAGAGGUUAUGAUGUCUCUUAUUUUUUAUCUUUAUAUUCAAGUCGGCUUAAAGAUAUAAGUGCCUCCACACAAGAACUGGCAUGCUUAAAUUUUCCAAACAUUUUCUAGCUGAAUCUGCUCACCUUGAAAACACAGUAGAUAAUAGGGCACAAACACACAGCCCACAAUGUAGCCCCACUUUUGUAUUUCAAGUCUUUGAUUCACACUGCACAAGGCAUUAAUAUUUAGCAACAUGAGCUGACUGAGCUGGGAGCACCACUUUUAGUGCUUUUUCCCCUCAUCAGAUCAAAAUAACUGUUGCCAUAAAAGUGAAGCAGCAGAGGUAGGUGGCUUUUCUCUAGGGUCAUGCAGUCUGUCCACCCCAUGUCCACACAUUUUCCUUUGGUCCAUUGGUUUUCUGCAGGACUCCCUCUUUGAUUGGUGAAGCCCCCUACCCCUCACUACUCAGACACUAUCACACACAUCCUUUGCUAAAACAUUUCUGCGUACUUGAUAUUUAAUCAAAACAUCUUAGCAUUUUUUUCUGAAUUUGCAACCUUGAAAUCUGAUUCAAAACACACUGACUUUCUAACUUGUGGGCAGCCUACUCUUGAUGGAGUUGAAGCAGAGGGCAGGAUAUGAAUUCUCUGAAUUUCUCACCCUCUUGUAGUUUUAGUUGGGAUGUUUAUUCCACAUUCAUGGCCAGCUUUUCGUUUAAUUUACCUGGCAGUCCUUUCCCAGGGGUUGGCUGUGCAAAAUAUUGUAAAUAUGUUAACUGUGCAACAUUUAUUUUCCCUGCACCCCAGUUUGGGAAUUCCUGUCUCAAGUGAAGGGGCAAGAUUAUAGCAUUGUUCCCUUAGUGCUGAGUCUAGCAGCUCCCUGCUCUUAACUGCUUGCCUCAGUGUGUUUGUGUUGUGGAAACAUCUCAUUAUGUGUUGUGGAGAUAUUGACACAGUUUCUCAAACCCCUUAGCUUUUUUUUUUCCCAAGAAAUGCUUUAAAUCAGUUAUGCCUGACUGAAUCUGUGGCAGAUAACAUGAUCCUGAACAGAACCUGUGCUCAACCCCGUAGCGGCAAAGCCUGGUUUCUCCGAAUUUUCUGCAAUUUCUUGCUCUUUUUUUCAUGUGUGUUCUGUAAACUGUUGAUGGAUAUUUUUUACUCGGGGAAGAGUUGGUUCAGGAGAAAACUUCUUUCAUUGAGAUAGAGCCAGAAGUCCAUUGCCUCAAGUGGACGUCUGGUAGUGUUUUUCAUGGUUGCCGUGCCAGUGGCAAACUCAAAGGCUUGGAAAUGAAGAUAUAAACCUUGUCUUCUAUUGGUCAUCAUGGGAAACAUCAACUCUCUGCCCAACCAAAGCAAUGAGCUGAAGAUAUUGCUUAAGACUGAGAAAGCAUACCGUGAGUGCAGUCUCCUGUGUUUUACUGAAACCUGGUUGAAUCAAAACAACUCAGGCUCCAGUGUGGAUCUACCUGGCUUCACUCUCAUAAGAUCAGACAAUGAUGCUCAAGCGAAUGGCAAGAAGACAGGAGGGAGUCUUGUUUAUUUGUUAACCAGAGAUGGUGUAACCCUUCACACAUAACUUUCAAGGAGAAGUUGUGUUGAACAGAUAUUGAACAGUUGCUCUUCGCUCAAAUUAUGUUACAAGGAAGUUCAAUCAUACUGUACAAAUACUUGGAUACAUCCCACCUUAAGGCAUGUUUUGAGGUUCUGUGUUUAGAUUUAAGUUUAAUCUGAUUAGAAUCAAGUCGGACUCACUGGAGGAUGUGUUUGAGACAUACACACUAAGGAAGGUAGAGGCUAUUCUAAAGAACAUGGAUCAUCUACUUAACAACACCUUGAUGGACCAAAGGGCCAAUGGUGGUGGACGGCUCCUCUCUCUGGAUGGAGAGAUUCAGUUUCAGAAGCUCUUUUUGUACCCACAGCCAUCAGACUGUUUAAUUCCUCUUUACAUAGUGGAGGAGAUGAGAUUUCAGACCAACAAAUUUUACUUUGGGGAUCAAUAAAGUUUGUGUAUUGUAUUGAUGUUUGGGAAAAAAAGGAGGGAGCUGAAUAAUAAUAAAGCAUUAGCAUCCAUAUAUAUUAUGAGCCAAGCCUUCUGAGUAAACAACCAUCUUGAAAGUGACCAAAUCAAACUUUUGAUUUUGUCCGAGCUCUUAAACUCUCAGCUUGUCUUGUAAAGAUCUCUUAAGCUGCAUUGACUCUGCUUUUUCUGCAGAGAUCUCACUCAGAUGUCACUUUUUUUAGCCUUUUUCACUUCGUUUUCUUUCUGCAUCUGUUGGUCACUCCCUCCAUGACUCCACACACAAACUUCUUUGCAAGCUUCAACAACCGUCUCCUGCACUCUGUAAUAGGAUUUACUGCAAAGCUUCCCCUGUAGUCUUUCACUGCUACCUGGUGACUGUUCGUGUAAAGUAUGCUUUGGGAGUGAUUAAUUGUGCCUAUUUUGUGUAUUGAAAAGAAGAAAAUAUAUGCAUGAAACUCAUAAAAGUUGAUUGUGGCCUGAGGGCACUGAUAGUUGCACCCAUAACAAGGACAGUUUGAAAGCUCAGUGACUUUAGACAGGUAGAACAUUAUAAAUCCACAUUUCUAUGGUAGUUAAGCUACCAAAUAUCUAUGUUGGUUUAAAAAGUAAUUGCUUGGAUUUGUGGUCACUAAAAUAUUGAAAUUAAUUCCUUAUAUUUGUUUUUCAUUGUCUGUAGGAGCAAAGGUCAUGAUUGUAAAUGAGUGCUAGAUAUUGUCCAGGUUUCCCUUGUUCAUAUUCCAGUACUUGUUUCCCAUCCAAUUUCAGACUAUGGCCUUUUAUAAUUGUAGGUGUUAAUAUGGUUUUGGGUCAUUUUGAGCCAAACUGUUGCAUGGAUAUUAACUAAGUGUCCUAUAGUCAGCAGUCGUAACAGCCUGGCAGUCUAUUUCUUUGCUGACUUUCCAGAGCCUCUGAUGGUUUUCUGGCAUCUUCUCCUGGCCUGAAAAGUGGCUGCUUUGCACUUGGAAGUGUUUACAAUGAAAUACAACAACAACAAGUCUCACCACUCUACAUUAGUAUGUAAAGUGUAUCUCAGUCAUUUUUAACCAUAAUAUUGCCAAAUACACUGAAUUUGUGUUCAGAUAUAAUCCUCUCCUGGUGUCCAGAGCUGGCAUUCAGUAUAUUUAAGGUUGCUACAGUUUCCCUCUGGCAAGGCCACCUUAUUUUCCAGCUUUUACUCCUUAAGCCACAGGCUACAUAAAAACAAACACCAAUUAGAAUCCUUAUUCAAAAAAGAAAAGGCUGGUAUGCUGUGGAAAAUGUUAGAAACACAUUUUGCUAGUUUAUAAAUGAGCUCAACUUUAUAAUAAAUAUGAAAGUGUUGAGACAACACAUCAGAUAUAAAAUCACAUUUGAGUGUGAAAUGUGAAAGAAUGAGUGGAUUUCAUCAUCUACAGUACAUCAUAUCAUUUAAAGAUUCAGAGAAUCUGGAGAAAUCUCUGGACUAAAGGGACAAGGACCAAAACCAAGACUGGAUGGUCCUAAACUUCAGGCCCUCAGACAACACUGCACUAAAAACAGACAGGACUCUGGAGUGGGAAUCACUGCAUGGGCUCAAAAUCAAUCAUUUAAAAACCACAGUUCAUCACUGCAUCCAUAAAUGGGGUUCAAACUGAACCAUGCUAAGAGGAAACCAGAUAGAAACAUGAUCCAGAAACACAAGAGACUUCUCUGGGCCUGAGUUCAUUUAAGGUGGACAGAGGGUAAGAGAAAAACUGUCCUGUGGUCUGAUUAAUCAAAAUCAGCGAUUCUUCUAGGAAACCAUGGACACUAUGUCCUCCUCUCACGAGUAGAGGGCCCACUCAGCUUGUUCUCAGCUCCCAGCGCAAAGCCAGUAUCCCUGAUGGUACGGGGAUUAUCAGAGUCCAUGUCAUGGGAAUCUCCCACAUCUGUGAAGUCUCCAUCCAGCUGAACAAUAUCUACAGGUUUAGGAGCAACAUCUGCUGACAUCCAGACAAAGACUUUAUCAGAAAAGACCAUAUUUCAGCAAGACAAUGACAAACCACAUUCUGACAACAGGGAUUACAACAGCAUGGCUCUGUAGUAGAAGAGUCCCGCUGAGAAACUGGUCUACCUGCAGUCCUGACUUGUCCCCCAUUGAAAUCAUUUGGAGCAUCAUGACACCAAAAACAGAACAAAGGAGACCCUGAACUGUUGAGCAGCUGAAAUCCUCUAUCAAGCAGGAAUGGGACAACAUUUGACUUCCAGACUCUAGAAACCGGUCUGCUGGGUUCACCAAGGUUUACAGAGAAAUGGUGAAAUCAGAGUUGAAAUAUUCAAAGUAGAAAGAUGACAAAGUUCAUAAAAAAUUAUAUAAAGAGUGAAUUACAAUAAAACUACAUAGCUGUGCUUUAUAUAUUUCAAGUGAAACCUGAUUUCUUAUGUCUAAAUAAAUGAGUUGAGACAAUACCCUUCUAUUGAAAAAAGUUGUUUUUUUUCGCUUGUAGUAAGUUAAAAGUGUCUUUGUGAAGUUUGCUGGUGCUAGAAUAUCAAAGUGUAAACUGCAAGGCUUUGUUUUGUUUUCAACUGUAUUUUAAUGCGGAGUAAAUGGCUGCAAGUCAAGUGUAGCCUCUGUCUGCAGACCUUGAACAGUGUCAGCCUCGAAACAACUACACAGCUGGUUUCAUCUUCCAACCACAACACCCACAGUGCAACAAAGUAGAAAACAGAAAACUGUUUUAUUUAUUUGUUUUCUUAAAGUGGCAAUUUCCUCUGUUUUGCAGUAAAUCCCUUUUCUCCCUCCAGGCUACAAGGGCAAAGAAGCUACAGAAGCUGGAGAGGCAGCUUGUUAAAGUGGCCGCUCAAUCUCCAUGUUCCUCUCAUCUUACGUGCCUUUCUUUUUUCUGUCUGCCAGGUGCUGUAGCUGCGAUUUUGCCACCACCAACAUGAACAGUUUGAAGAGUCACAUGAGGAGACACCCUCAGGAGCACCAGGCUGUGCAGCUGCUGGAGCAAUACAGGUGAGAGAGAUCAAACAGACGUCCACCACAGAGAGGGCUGAUAAGGCUGAGAGCUGGACCUCUGAGGUGAGAAUGCAGGACCAAACCUGUCCAAAAGAGGCCAGGGUUAUCUCAGUCCAUGUUCAUCUGACGAGAUCUGUGCCCUCUGAUGGUGCCAGCAGCCUGCUGACUUGAAAAGUGGUUUUCUGAUUGUGAUGCUAGUGGAUGGUGGGUGGAGAGAGUGAAUGAGGAUGAAUUUCUGCCCUCCUUUACAUGUUAAACAUCGUGAACCCUGAGCUGGGCUCUGAUUGCUGAUUUCCACUCCACUGAAUUCUCAGGCUGCAUUAUACAGUCAUCAGUACCUGCGAGGCUCGAGUGCACACAUUUUCUCACAGAAGCAUCGGCUCAGACAGUUUAAGGGGCACUCAAGUUAUUCAGCCCCGCACUUUCAUGAAGCAGAAUGCUAGCUUGAUUUAAUAUUGAGGCAUCAGAGACAUUUUUCCACAGAUGAAGUUCUGUUUAUCUGGUUUUACAAAGGAAUAAAGCUGCUGUCUCAGCCCUCCACGCUUAGCUGAGUGCACUUUGUUAUGCUCUCUCUUUGACGUUUUGCAGUGUGAAAUAAACAUUUGUCUGAAGUGUCGAAGUGCAUGAGGACCUUUAGUUCAAAAGAUAUUUUUUGCUAAAUACAAGAAAUGCAGCUGAUGAUGCUAACAAUAAAAAUCAUGUUUUCUAAGAUAUUAUAUUAUUGAUACUGAAAUUGUACCUUACAUACCUAUGAUUUGCUUAGUCACUGUGACCAGAGUGUCAGGCCCCAUCAGCUGUAGAGUGGCCAUCAUAAAAUAUCAAGAUGAAAUGGCUUAUCAGUAAUUUGCAGCAUGUUUUCAGUGAUCCCUUUGUAAACGAAUUGUCAUGGAGCUUGCAAACAUAAACAUAUACCAUGGAAUUGUUCUCUGAGUAUAAUAUAAAGGGACAUUUGUAUCUGAGAAACCUUUUUCACAUGGAAAUUUGGUUGCCUGGUUUCUUUAGCAAAAAGAAAUGUGUUUGUGGGGGAGCCCUGACGAGUACAGCGGAUCAUUUUCAUGUAGUAAUAAUCACCAUAAUAAUAAUUUUGCACUGCAGACGCAGAAGUUCUUCUGCCUUAGCGUCUCGGUCUGAUUGCAUUUCCAUGAAGUAAUAAUCAUAAAUGUUCCGUUUUGAGCUGCGAAACUCCGCUGCAUUCGGUGAUCUACUUGUCAGGGCUCCCCCAAAACCAAGCGGCUGCUGUAAGAGAGUGGGUGAGUUGUGUUUAGUCUCUUUGCUAAAGAAAUCAGGCAAAGCUAAAAAUGAUUUUGGUGGAUAGUACCCUAUAUGUACUGUUGAUGAAGUUAGGUGCUGUUCUGAGCAUUAUUUGUGGUUAUAGAGUGGCUUUUUGGUUGAGGUUUGCGUGUGGAGAGGUAGGCCGCUGUGUAUUGCUAUCGUGCGGUCGUUACUAAAGUUGGUAUAACUAGAGAAGCAAGCGGUUGGCAACAUUCAUCUCUCAAGGGGGUGUCUUGCUUGGUGUUACAGUUUGUUUGACCAUAACUUAAAUUUACUCCGGAAUAUCCCUUUAAGCACUGCACUUCUGAUUGUUGGAGGAACAGCACACACUCUGCACUGAUACUGAGGACCCAAAAAUAUUCAACGGUUGUGAAGAACUUCUUAUUGUGUUGGUGGUUUUAUUGUGUAGCCCCCCCCUGUGGACAGUAGUGCAGUUUUUCAUGUUGACAGGUCUUGACUGGCCAGAGAGCAUGUGAAAUACAAAGAAAAUAAAGACAGAGUCCAAGAAAACUUUCCCUCAACUUUGAUCAGAGUCAUAUUGAGUUUCCCGUCCAAUCCACAAAGCCUGAUGAAACAGAGAGACAAAGGUGAAACUGCGGUGUCUCUAUCUCUGUACAAUAAAACAGGUUGUUUUAUGCUUGCUCUGCUCUCACUACAGCCAGCUGCUAAAGGAGACGCUCGCCUCAGUUUCUUAUCCCAACGGACUCUUGAAACUUUGAGCAUUUGAAGAGUUCAUAAUGACAGAACCUAUAAUUCUUUUCGUCAUGCUGUAAAUCCUCUCCUCUCUCCACCCUCUGUCUCCGGAGCUCAGUGUCCUCAGUGGAGCUUUAAGUCAGGAUGAUUCCUCUUGAUAGAAAGUAUGAGAAGGAUUAGUAAAACCUCAGUAUGCAUAUUAAAUCAGCCUUGACUUGAUCCGCUCUUGCUCUACUGCUCAUCCUCCUUACCUUUUGUUUCUCUCUUUCAGGUGCUCUCUAUGCGGCUAUGUGUGCAGUCAUCCCCCGUCGCUUAAAUCCCACAUGUGGAAACAUGCAGGAGACCAGAACUACAACUACGAGCAGGUUAACAAAGCCAUCAACGAGGCCAUUUCCCAGAGCAGCAGGUAGGCAUUCAGAUAACAACGUGCAUGUGUCUUUUCUCUGAGUUUGUUUCUGGUUUCAUUUCUGUUUGCAAAUUUUUACCAUGUAGUCAGUCGCUUUAUGACAUGGAGUGACUGCAAAGACUCCCCGAGCUGCAUUGUGCAACCUUUUGAAAUAAUAAUGUCAUGUUUCUCACAGUCAGAGCCCAAACUGUGGGACACCAUUGGAAUCCUGCACAGUGCAGCUUUAAAGAAAUCAUUCCAUGUCAGUGCCUGACUCUAAGCAGACGCUUAUAAAGAAAUCCUAAAUUUAUCCAAAUGUUCAUGAAUUCUUUUGACAGUGUUACACAUGCAACAGUCAUGAAGUUACCUAUACUGGGAACAGCUUAGUGAUAACUGGACUUGAAUUUUGAUUACCAUUGUGACUUCCCAUGAUGAUAAAAUAUGAUGAUUGAACUUAAACCAUUAUUGUGUUACUUGCUGUGUCGCCUCUGUUAUGUCCUAUACAUUAUAUAAAGCUCACCUUCCCUCUCUUCCUUAACACAGAGUGUGGGUGUGGCCCCUCUCCUCAAACAGCUCUCAUUUAAACUAUAUCAAAGGUAGCUCAGAUCAGUAAGAAACCAAGUUUGAGAACACCAGGAAGAUAAAGCUCCUGCUAACAGUAAUGGUAAACCGUGGCAUCUUGAACACGAUGUGCAACUGUCUGGGAGGAGAAGAGAGGAAAGCAGGGAGAGGAGCAGGAAUAGGAGAGAGAGAGCAGGAGAAUGAGAGAGAGAAUACUAGGAAGAGAGGAGAGCAGGGGGAGGAGAGAGAAUACAGGGAAGAGAGGAGAGGAGAGCAGGGGGAGGAGCAGGAGGAGGAGGAGGAGAGAGAAUACAGGGAAGAGAGGAGAGCAGGGGGAGGAGCAGGAGGAGGUGGCAGGGAGAGGAGCAGAAAGAGGAGAAAAGAGACUUGGGAAAGGAGCAGGAGGGGAAGAGAGGAGAACAAGAAGAGGAGCAGGAGGAGAAGAGGGGGAGGAGGAGAGAGGAGAGCAGAGAGAGGAGCAGGAGGAGGAGACAAGACUAGGAAGAGGAGCAGGAGGAGGAGAGGAGAACAGGGAGAGAGCUGGCAGAGGAGCAGCAGGAGUUAGGAGAGCAGGGAGAGGAGCAAAAAAAGGAGAAAAUAGACUAGAAAGAGGAGCAGGAGGAGAGCCAGGAGUAGACAAGGAGUGAAGAGACUAGGUGGAGAGAGGAGAGCAGGGAGAGGAGCAGGAGGAUGAUAUCAGGUAGAGGAGGAGGAGGCAGGUGUUUGUAUUUGUGUGUCUGAAAAGCUAAGUGACAGAAUGACCCAAACAGGAAAGAGGCUUGAGAAAUCAUGUGCGUGCUAGUGAGCUAACAGCUGCCAAACUAAAGAGUGAGAGACGUUGUUGAUCUAAUGAAAUACACGCCCACGUCUAAAGGACAUUACAUAAAAGUUUGAAAAGACUGAAUGACUUGUUCAAAUUUCAGCCUGUAGUUCGAUGUUGUAUGUCUGUUUUUGGAGGCAUCUUAGGAGUGUAAUGGAGUACAUAUAUUUAGGUCUUAAAUAGUACCCUCAUGUCUUGGUUACAGCAUCCCUACCAAAAAGUGAGAUUUGAAACCCAGUCACUUGAUUUUUCUGUACCCUCUCUACUUUUACUUCCCGCAGAGCUCCUCAGAAGCUGUCAGCGGUGCUGGAGUCAGCGGAGUGCCCUGCAGUGGUCCCGCCUUCAAAGGACAAAAUAAAGGGCCCAGUGGAAACCUUACCAACACCCACGUCGACAGCAGCAGUCAGCCUGGCUGCAGACAGCUCAGCCAGCCUUCCAGCCCAAAUCACAGACCCCUCACAGUGGCCUGGAGACCCCCCAGGGAAGGACCCUGCACAGCUUCAGAGUAAGUCCCAGAGUCAGCCACGUGCAGGCCAGACCCCUGCCCCUGGCCCAGGAAUGGAAUACUGUGUGCUCCUGUUCUGCUGCUGCAUCUGCGGCUUCGAGUCCACCAGUAAAGAGCGUCUGAUGGAGCACAUGAAAGAGCAUGAGGGGGACAUCAUCAGCAUCAUCCUCAACAAGGAGCAGCAGCAACCCAGCACCCAGACAGGCCUGCAAACAGCAGAGUGAGAGCUGCUCCAACCCGCUCUUCAUACGAACACUAACCCCGCGCGGUCACAGAUCUGCUGCACACAGAAUUUCAUCAUUGAACUGGAGGUGGCUGUGGUGGACAAGAAGGUCUAACCAUUUCAUGUCCACUGUGCUGCUAAAGUUACCCCUCAUGAGUGCUGUGGUGAGGUCUGAGGGAUACCUUGAGCUGGGAAUGAGAAAAAUGAUGAAAGGUUUUUCUGGGUAGCAUAUCCUUCAAAAGUAACAGUAAAAAUAAAAUUAAAAAAGUUUUAUCUGCGUUUAAGCUUAGUGUCAAAUAAUUUGACAUUUAAAAGGCACAAAAUGUGUCUGUGUAUAAGGGACGAGGUCGAGCUCCAAACCAAGUUAGAUUUUUCUCUAGACAGGGACUGAUUCAUACCUCAUAAAACCACGCAACCCCUCAGCAGAAAUGGAAAAAAAAGUCAGACAUAUUUUCCAGCCUAAUUCAAGUAUUGAUGGCGAGGCAGCUCUUUUAUAGCUACUGUAAUAUUUAAUAUAUUUAAUCGGACACAGUCAAGGCUCUAGCCUGGUGAGGGAGGUACAUGUACCUUAAGACAUGCAUCACAGCUUGAUACAGGAUUGAAUAUUUAUCAGUCUGUUAUUAUUAUGCAUGUUAGUUUCCGUUGUGCCAAUUUAAGUAGGCAAGUGUUCAGUAGAUGUUUGCUUUUUCUCUCCAUAUGACUGACUGUAUUUUUUAUUUUAUUUUAGUUUAUUUUUUUUUACUUUUGGAUCAUUGAUAAAGUAGCAUGUUUGGAGGAAGAUUGUGCAGAAAGAGUGAAAGGUGAUCAGAGUGAAGUAGAAACAGGACUUCAUGUGAGCUGAUUGUAAUCUACCUGAGACAGAGGUGUCGGUUCAAAGCAUGUCGACUUAAGGAAUGAUACAAAGGGAAGUUGGCACAGAUAUAUGGACUGUCUUUUGUCUUGAUCUUUGAAAGCGGGCGUGUUGUGUCGACUCAAACACACCUGCUCUCACCUGUGAUUGUGGUGCUACGCUCACUUCAAGAGUUGUCACUUAAGGAAAAGAUUGUUUUUAUAGCCCGUGCAGUUUAUGUUGUGUAUAUAAUAAUUUUUAUAACCUUAACUGUACUUUUUCAGUGUUUUUAAAGUACAACAUUUCUAUUGUCAACUGAGACUUGAAAUGACGACUGUCUGAGCUAACACACACGGGCUUGAAAAGAAGGAAAUAUGGUUGUAAGAUAAGCUUUAAAGGCGACUGAUUUCUGAGGCUCACUGGUGUUAACUCUGCUUCUGUGACUCAAUGGAGGCAGACAUGUACUACAAAGACUGACAUGGAGAAUUGGAAGGUUCAGAGGAUAUUUUACAUAUAAAAAGAUACAAAUUUCAUCUUAAAGUUUCAAACAGUUCUUUUGGCCCCAAUAUUAUUUACUCACCAAAAAUUCAUUUAGGGAACAACAAGUGCUGUUUAUCCAGGACAUAAUGGACAACCCCAUUUCCAUAGAAUUAGGAAGCUGUGUAAAACAGAAAUAAGCAAUUUUCAAAACAUUGUAAUUCACCAGCAAUACUACAAUGACAACAUCUGCCAAAUUUUGAUGGUUUAUGACUCUUGGCUUGAUUUUCAGUUGAAUUAAUGCUGCAAAUAAUUUACAAACCACCAAAUUCAGUUUUUACUGUUUUACUCUAUGUCUCAACUUUCUUGGAGUUGAGGCUUUAAAAAGUCUACCCAUGCUUUAUGUCAACCACCAGAAGGCUUUCCGAGUACAUGUUGGUGUUUCUGCUGCAGUCUGUGCUCCACGAGAUCAUGUUAAAAAAGUCCAAUCGGAAAAUUAAAGUGACUGAAGCUGAGGUUUAAAGUCCCACUCCGAUUAUAUAUUUUUUUUCAUUAUUUAAAGUGUUCUUAGUGGUUGUUAAAUUGUGAGUAUUAUUAUUUUUAAGGACUUUUCUUCUGCAGAGCUCCAGCAGCUCAUUAGCAAUUCGCCUCUGAGUCUUGGGCAGAGACAGCGCUGCUUUGCAGACUCCUCUUCACGUUAGCUUUCAGCCAAACAUUGCCGGUAUAAUAGAAGUAGCAGGUAACAUGGAAGCUAUUCAGCUUUCGGACACUUGCGUCUUUGGUGACUAAUAUCAUAAUUAGCUUUCUUAUGAGCAUUGCAGUCUGCUACCGCACACGCUUGUUCCGCAGUCGUCCUCUCUACUUCUCUGAGUCUGGCCUGCAGAGUGAGGCGGUGGGGGCGGAGCUUGGAGUUGUGACAUAGGAAAUCUCUCUGUGUCUGAAGCUGCUGUGGGGGUCUGCCAGAGUUUCACAGCGAUUUGAAUGCAGAAAUGCAAUUUUGUUCUUGCUUUUCUCACUAUAUGUCCUGUAGUAUCAGGAAAAUUCCAUAUGAACAUGUCGUCAACAAGAAAAACAUGAUUUUCAUCGGAGUGGGUCUAACUAAACCCCCACUGUCUGUUAUUCAUGUAGUCUUGUCAUGCAGAGCAUACUCAGUUCAUCAGUAUGCCUUCCCUUUCUUACACCCGCACAGACAGACAGACAGAUGCUGUAGAAAUUAAGAUAAAAUGGGAUAUCCAUAAUUCAUGCCCCCCUCCCAGUGCCUGACAUCACAGCUUGAAAUUGUGUCUGCACCUUCGUGAAGAGCUGUGGAUAAAACAAAAUUAAAUAUCCAUCUCAAAGAAUUGUAACCUGACCGGGUAUUCUCAUUAUCAAAGCCGGUAAUUAUCAUCUGCCUUUUGAAUUACAUUUCUCCGAGUCGGAGUGAAGAGAGGUGGCAACAUGUGCGAGUUAAAAAGAGAAAUGAAUAAAAGUGAGACUUCAGUGGCCUCCUGUGUGUCGAACAGUAUGCAUAUGAAUGAGCUGUGAGAAUAGAUUGAUUUACCACACAGAGAGUCCUCUGAGGUCAGAGGAGGAUCUGCUGAUAAUCUGACAGCUCCUAAUUAUUCAGCUACCAAACUGAAUUCCUGUUAGCGUCCCCAGUGGGCCUCAUGACUUCUGGAAGUGGUAUUGAGUUGAGUGUUUCCUGAUUUUGUUUGUUUUGAGUGUGUUAUGUGAAACAUAACCGUACAUAACAAUCAGUGUGGUUCACUGCAGAUGUUGUAAGCACAGAAAAAUAACAGAAGCUCAGAAUAUAUGCAGUCAGACUGUUUCUGAGGUUCAGGUUUAUUUAUUAAGGCUUAAACUGUUCAUCGGUUCACAGCCAGUCUCUCAGGCUUAAACCAGGCUACAGCGGUGAUAAUACCACAGUUUAAGAUGUGCCUACUGUUGAUUUCUUUGAAUUGUGGAAAAGUUAAUCAUCUAGCAAAACUUUUCACUUUUAAUUCCUCAAUAUUUUAGUGAUCAUUAAUUAAAGCUCCUGUGAGGAAUUUUUGGUUUCUCUCAGUGGCGCUCCCUGUGGACAAAGCAGUCUGCUUCUUUGUCCCCUGUAUGCACAAGUUGUGUCUUAGGACUGAAGUUCAUACUGCUGACUUUUGGCAGUCAAAUAAAUCAUGUAUUGUGAAUAUUUGUUGGAACAGAGCUGUUUCCUCCAGCUGCUCUCCUGACACCUUCCCCUCUGCAGCAUCUGACACCUGUGCGCAGCCUUCGCUCCAAGCUCAAUAUUCAAAACUUAAAACAUGAUAAAAAUAAAAAACCUGUCAGUAACCUGUAGUUUCAUUUUUAAAAGAGUUUUAAUACAAGUUCUCUUGGAAAAAGUCAGAAGUAUAAAUUUGGCUGGGGCUACAUUCAGCUGUGAGUGAUGACACGUGGAGCUUUAAUGAGUGUUUCAGUUCACUGCAUGUGACACAGACUCAAAAUAGAGCACAGUGCUUUAAAAUGUGGACUGUCAUUGAAAGCAGCAGUGUUGCUCAUGUUCAUGUUUUAAAUAGACUUUGAAAGCCCAGAAGAACAAGAUAAAACAGUGCAAAACAAAACAGGAUUUGACUGAAUUAUUCAGAGUGGAUAUCGACAUUAUACAACAUCUGUUUGGCACACUUUUAUCAACUCUGAAAAAAAAAAUGAUAGAACUACAAAAAUAUCAUCCAGGUUUAAACUUCAAGGUACAGUUUGCAGUAUUCAGCAGCAUUUGUCAAAACAAACUUGGUAAAUUUAGAAUAUAAUCAUCAGUCUGUUAUCUCUGUGUGAGAGGCUGCAAAGGAAGAGGGACGAUGCAGAACAUAGACUGGCUGAUGUGCAGAAAGAAUACGUACUGAUAGAUGCUUUUGAUGGAAAAAUUUGGACAAAUAGAUCACGAAGCUUCUUGUCCUUAAAGGCCACCGUCUCCUGACUGACAGGAGGGGUUAGCAAGGGAUUAUUUCAAUCAAGAACUGCAUACUUGAUGGAAAUAAGAGUUGUUUGAAACUGCAAAAGUAGUCUUGUUUUAUAUUAAACCAAAAAACCAAGUGCUGUCAGUCAGCUGCACCAGGACCAAUCCUUGAUCCAAAUCGAUAUUUUUGUCAUGUGUGAGCUGAAAGGUUGCAUCUUGGUUAAAGUAAAAUCAUCUAAUUAAGCAUCACAGAAAGUGUCAACAGUGCAGGUUUGAAAGCAAGUGUCCCAGUCCAGUGCCAUUUCCCAUGUAAACUAUACUUCUGCAGAGUUUAGUGUAUGUGCCAUAUUAGAAUCUGAGAAUUGUGUCAUGGUUAAGUUUGUGCCUUUAGGUUCAUGGUUAUUCAAAUUUCAACCUGUUUGCCAAAUCUUUGGUCAAGCAUCCACCUACAUGGUGUCAUCAGGGUCCAUAUUUCUCAGUCAUUUGUCUUCAAGUAGAGGCAAAAAUUUCAGACUUAAAUGUCAGCGUUGUGUUAGGAUGUGAUCCAAUCAGAAUGUUUCCCAGAUACUCGAGGUAAAUCUACAUUUCAGUUGCUGUGCACGGGGCAGAAACAACAGCGAAAUCUGAAUGUGAAACUCACCUGUUAAUCCGUUCAGAUUUUAGGUACUGUAUUUAAAGUGUGUACAUACUGCAGGGGGAAUACUGCAAAACUUAAAAACUGACUUUUUUAAAUGAUAUAAUCUAUUUUUAAUAACCUUGUAAUUUAAAAAAAAGGACAAAAAAAUCUAGUUUUGAGUUGCAGCUCUGUUCUUACAUGCUCCCAGUGUUUUAAAGGGAACUGACAGUGUGAAGCUAAACACACCUGACUGAACUGCGGUCUUGAAACCAAAGUAGGUGGAGAAUCAUAACACAGCUGUCCUCAUCAGUGUGUGUUUCUGCUCAUUUUUGUAUCUAAGGUUGAACAUGGAACAGUUUCAGACAGGAGUGUGACGCUUGCUUUAUGUUUAUUUAUUUUCAAAUCAUCAUAGACUUUGUUAUGUCACCACUUUGCCACUGUAUUUUUGGUAAUAAAGACUGAGAAUGAAA